AUGAGUAUAACACGUGUGUCAGCAAAAUCAAAAACUGUUGAAGAUGAAAUACUCGAUCGCCUUCGACGCGAUGGAGUCGUUAUUGUUACUGAAAUGUUUGAGAAAAAUCUUAUUGAACAAGUGAAAAACGAUCUUGAACCUCAUUUUGAUACUGAUGUUAUCGAUGAAUCAGGCUUCUUUCCAUCGACAACGCAGAGAGCUACGGGUCUGUUCGGAAUAUCACGAGCAUGUAUCGAUUUAGCAAUGCAUCCAUUAUUUCUAUCGGUAGCGAAUCGUUUGUUAACGUCAACGUAUUCAUUCUAUCUUGGCUCGAUGAAGAAAACUGCCGUGUCAAAACCGAUUAUUUCUUCCACUGUUGGCUUUCGUGUCAAUCCUGGUGGUAAACAACAAGAACUUCAUCGUGAUUGUAAUGAUUUUCAUACUCGACCAUGUGAUUGGCCAGCAAUGAUUGGUUGUGUUACUGCUUUGACACGAACGCAUCGAAAUAAUGGGGCAACGAUUGUUAUUCCUGGUUCACAUUUAUGGACAGAUGAAAAUCGUUUUCCAUUGGUAGAAGAAGCUGUACCUGCUGAAUUAGAACCCGGUGAUGCAACUAUUUUUGUGGGAAAUCUUUAUCAUGCUGCAGGAGCAAAUACUACUAAGGAUGAACGACGUGAAACUGUUGGAAUAUUUAUGGCAAAAAGCUACUAUCGGCAAGCUGAAAACGAAUAUCUAAUGGUACCACCUGAACGUUGCAAAGAACUGCAAUUAACUCCAGAUGAGCUGCGUGUUCUUGGCUAUGGGAUAUCUGAACCAAGUUGUGGUUUUGUUAAAUAUAAAGAUCCAAUGGAAUCCAUUUUUGGAAUUAUAGAUGAUCAGACUGUUCGAUUAUAA